AUGGCUAAUUCCGAACUGGUCCAGGGCUCUCCCGCGCCUUCGGUCGGAGCGACUCCCACGAAGAAAGAACCGCCGGUCAUUCCGUUGACCCCCUUAGAGAAGAUGCUGCAGGAUAUGGGUCCGAUCCGCGAGGAUGGCAGUGAUAAGUUUUUCGGAAUGGAAAAUUAUGGUAAUACUUGCUACUGCAAUUCGAUACUACAAUGUCUUUAUUACUCGAUACCUUUUCGGGAAGCCGUCAUCAACUAUCCCACGCGAACGCCCAUCGAAAGCCUGGAGGCCGCUUUGGCCAAUAACCUCCGUUAUCAGAAUCUCGCCGCGAACUUGGAAGCCGAGGCACUGGCCGAGAAACAGAAAGCCGCUAAUCAACAGCGAUCGGGGAUGUCCCCGAAUCCACCGCCGAAACCCGAGGACAAGGACUCGCCCGAGUAUAAAAAGAAGAUGGCGCUGCAGACGAUGCCGUUGUUGGAAACGAAGAAUAAUGCAACGAGCUACGGAAUGUCGGAAUCGCUAUUUACCUCGCUCAAGGAUAUAUUCGAAUCUGUCGUGGGCAGUCAGUCGCGGAUCGGUAUCAUUCGACCACAGCAAUUCCUGGAUGUUCUGCGACGGGAGCACGAGAUGUUCCGGACGGCAAUGCACCAGGACGCUCAUGAGUUCCUCAACCUCUUGCUGAAUGAAGUGGUUGCCAACGUGGAGGAAGAGGCUUUGAAACAGCCGGUCAUGAAGAGCCUCCCGCCGCCGGAGAGUACCGAAUCGGGCGAAAUGUCGUCGAGCUCGGGAUCGAAAACGCCCAACACGACGCGCUGGGUGCAUGAACUGUUUGAGGGCACCCUGACAUCGGAGACGCAGUGUCUCACUUGCGAGAAGGUGUCCCAGCGCGAUGAGGUCUUUUUGGACCUUUCGGUGGACUUGGAGCAGCAUUCGUCGGUCACAUCCUGUCUGAGGAAGUUUUCCGCGGAGGAGAUGCUCUGCGAACGAAACAAAUUCCACUGCGACAACUGCGGAGGAUUGCAAGAGGCCGAGAAACGAAUGAAGAUUAAGCGCUUGCCCCGGAUCUUGGCUCUGCAUCUGAAGCGGUUUAAAUACACAGAGGAUCUGCAACGCCUUCAAAAACUGUUCCAUCGCGUGGUCUACCCGUACCACCUUCGCCUUUUCAACACAACCGACGACGCGGAAGACCCCGAUCGCCUGUAUGAGCUCUACGCGGUGGUGGUACACAUUGGUGGCGGACCCUAUCACGGACAUUACGUUGCGAUCAUCAAAACGCAGGAUCGCGGUUGGUUGCUGUUUGACGACGAGAUGGUGGAACCCGUGGAUAAAAACUACGUCCGGAAUUUCUUUGGCGACAAGCCCGGGUUGGCCUGCGCCUAUGUUCUCUUCUACCAGGAGACCACGCUGGAGGCUGUCAUGCGCGAGCAGGAGCAGGAAAAUAUGGACGCCGCUGCAGCUGCCGCAGAACUAAACGAGCUGAACCUCAAGCAGAAUGGCAGCGCCCAGCCGCUGGCCCACGUCCAUAGUGCCUCCCAGAUCCCGUCGGCCGACGACACCACGCGAUUCAACGGCCUCGCCCGGGCUCCCACCGCGCCUCAGCUGUCUACCCACCCCGAGUUUGUCGACGCAGAGAACGCCACGCCCUUGACCUCUCCCGUCUUGAAUGCGCCCCCGGUGCCUCCCAUUCCGGAGAUGCCGGUCAAACAGCCUUUGAGCCCCAAGAAGAGUGACUUGGCUUCCAAGAAAGAACGGGCCAAAGAAGAAAAAGAGCGGAAGGCUGCCGAGAAAGAAAAGGAGAAGCAGCGUCGGAAGGAACAGGAGGCCCGGAUGAGGGAGAACCAGCGCCGUGAAGAUGCCGAAAUGAAGGCCGCUCUCGAAGCUAGCCGAUCAUCCAAGGCAGACGAAGACAAGCGCAACGGCCCCGAGUCCGGCAAGGACGGCGACUCGAAGAAACUGGGUAGCCUGGGUCGUCUGAAGCGGGGCAGCAAGAGCAUCAGCCAUCGGUUAGGCAAAGACAAGGAGAGCCGGGCCUCUUUAUCGAGUUUCCCACCCACGCCGGUCGUUCCAGAACAUCCGGUCCCCGCGCGGAAUUCGGAGCAGCUCCCGCAGCCUAGUACGCCAACCCUACCGGCGAAGCCUGAACGAACUCAAACAUCCCCCAACCACAACCACCGUACACCUCCCGACGAAGAGCGUGAUACCCUGAAGGACGUCAAACACGAUAAGAAUAGCCAUGGGAAAUGGAGAAGCUUUAGUCUUAGAAAGAAGUCGUUCAGCAUUCUUUCUUAA